AUGGCGGAUGUGAAGCUUGAGGAGAAGGCGCCCGAGGUCAAGGAGGAGGCUACCGCGACCGAAGAGGAGGGCAACGAUGAGGAGGAGAUCUCAGAAAUGAGGCGGCGUGUGGCGGAGAUGGAGCAGGAGGCUGCCAAGCUGAGGGAGAUGCAGGCUACCCUGGACAGCCAGAGCCAGGAGCUCUCGGAGAGCAAGGAAGAUGUCGACAGCCGAAGCAUCUUUGUCGGCAAUGUCGACUACUCGGCCUCUCCCGAGGAGAUCCAGGCCCACUUCCAGAGCUGUGGCUCAAUCAACCGAGUCACCAUUCUCCUGGACAAGUUCACUGGCCAGCCCAAGGGUUAUGCCUACGUCGAGUUCACCGAGCCCAGCCUUGUUGCCCAAGCCCUCGUCCUUAACGAGAGCGUGUUCAAGGGUCGUAACAUCAAGGUCGUGCCGAAGCGAACGAACCUCCCUGGAAUGGCGCGUGGUCGUGGACGAGGUGGUUUCCGGGGUGGCGGCCGAGGCUUCCACGGUGGUCGUGGUGGAUACCCGCCCCGAGGCGGAUACCGCGGUGGCUACCGUGGCCGCGGCCGGGGCUUCACCCCGUACUGA